GCUCUCAUUUCAUUCUCCACCUACAGGCAGCUAAGCAGCAUCUGUGUGCGCGAGCGGAGCUGAGCUGAGCUGGGGUGAAGGCAGCGCGCGAGACUCACACGCACAAUUGCACGCGCUACUGUUGAAGAGGAGCCGGGAGCGCUGACCGCUCGGACUGAGUCGCCUGUGUGCUGGUGGCCGCCGUCUCGUGCUGGUUGAGCGGCACCGCGCUCGCGCUACUCCGCCUGUUCUUGCCGGACGCGCUGCUGGCUGCCCACAUGCCGGAAGAAGCGGAGGGGAGCCGGCGAAGCCCGCAGGGCGUCCCGUACCGAGACCUGCAGCACAUCGUCAACGCCGACGGACUGCACCUGUUCUGCCGCUACUGGGAGCCGGACGGCCCGCCCAGGGCACUGGUGUUUAUUGCACAUGGAGCUGGAGAGCACUGUGGAGUGUAUGCAGACGUUGCUCGCACACUAAACCAACACAGCUUGUAUGUGUUCGCCCACGAUCAUGUGGGGCAUGGGCAGAGUGAAGGGGAGAGGAUGAAUAUUAAAAACUUCCAGAUUUACAUCAGAGAUGCUCUGCAGCACAUUGACCUCAUCACUGGACGCUACCCCAGUCUGCCAGUCUUCAUCCUCGGCCACUCAAUGGGUGGUGCCAUCUCCAUUCUGACAGCGUGUGAGAGGCCACAGGAUUUUGCAGGCGUGGUUCUGAUCGGCCCAAUGAUCCAAAUGAACCCUGAAUCUGCCACGCCUUUUAAGGUGUUCCUUGCUAAAGUCCUCAGCCAUAUGAUUCCCAGCCUCACUCUCGGCACCAUCGAUCCAAAAUGGGUCUCACGGGACCCCAGACAGGUGGAGGCGUAUGAAUCAGAUGAGCUGAAUUAUCAUGGAGGGAUGCGCGUUUCGUUUGGAAUGCAGCUGAUGUCUGCCGCCACGCGCAUCGAAAGAGAGCUGCCCAACAUCACCUGGCCUUUCUUCAUUCUCCAUGGCAAUGAAGACAAGCUCUGUGACAUCGGAGGAUCUCAUCUCAUGCAUAACCAAGCCCAGAGUACGGACAAGAAACUAAAGGUAUAUGACGGUGCCUACCAUGCCCUGCACCACGAUUUGCCUGAGACGGCAGAAUCUGUCCUACAAGAAGUGAGCGCCUGGAUCCUGGAGCGUCUUCCUGCCCCCUCUGGGCCUUAGCUGUCAAUCUUCCCACAAGCCAUGCCCGCCUAACCAGGCCCCACCCCUCUGACAAUUUUCACUUCUCUCAUCUCUUUACAACAACUCUUCCAGCUGAACUUCAACUAAACUUAAUUAUAGUCAUUAUUAUCAAUAUGUGAGCAGUCAGAGGUCAGUGCUGUCUGACCUUUGGCACCAGAGUCAAAGCUUUGAUGUUUUUGGCUUAGAGGAUUGUUAGAGGCUAAUGUGUCAAGCUUGUCUUUUUUCUCACCCCACGCUUACAGCACCACGGGGUGCGGCUCACAUGUUACCGUGGUAAUCGUCAGAAGGAAAAUAAUGAGCCUGGCUGCCCCUGGUACCAGGCUGUCCUUUGUGUGUUGCUGCGGUAACGGAAAACAGCUGCCCAUUGUUCUCUGUGUUCUUUUCUUUGAUGUUGCAUUCUCGUUAGUUAGAGCUGUUGCAUUGCGCUCUGCUGCCCCAUCUAUACAAGAGUGGUACUGCAUGCUCUGCACAGCACAGUUACCAAGGCAACACUAUGAAAUAACUGAGCCUCUGGCAGAAAAAAAAGAAUUAAUUAUAAAAGAGGAUGUCAUGGUAACAGAGUGGGAGAGCACAGGGAAUAGAGAGGAGAAUGGCUGCCGAGUGAUUUAAACUGGUCGUUCAGAGAGAUGAAUGAAGUAGAGAGAGUCCAGCUUGGGCAGCAUGGCUGUGGGGGAACACCCUUGAGCUCUCAUCAGUCACAGGGAUUUAACCCACACACAUCCACAUGCAUUUUCUUUUUCACAUGGCUCCAGGGGAAGACCCUGU